AUGGAAGCACUAUACACCCACAUCCUUCCUCAUCUGCCACUCCCCCUACAAGAGAUUGUCCUCAACCCACCCUCUUUCACCAAUCCCCAAUCAUUCAUACCCGUGAUCAAGCUCUUGUUUCCGUACACCAAGUGGAUCCUAGUAUUCUCGGCGGUCUACAUCCUAUGGUCAUUCCUCUCAGGGAUAUUUGGGAUGUUCUCCCGAGUGUUGAGGUUCAGUAUGAAGAUUGGACCUAUCAUAGGUUUGAUAGCCUAUCUUAUGAAUAGUUCAGGACAGGGAUCGAUGGAUGAAUUACUCGGUUUGGUCAAACAGUACUUCGGAUUGGCUCCUCAACAAGCUGGAGGAGGUUGGAGUCCCGGUAUAGCUUCUUUGGCAUCGUUGUUUACAGAUCAAUCAAGUACCAAAUCUACUAGAAAGGACAAGAAGAACUCUUGGACCGGAUCUGGAAUAGGUAAAGGAAACGAUCCAAUCUCAUCGAGAACAAGGAAUCAGAAGAAUAAGAAAUCCUCAACUGGUGGAGAUACCGCAGGAGAUAUUUUUGAGAAUUUGGUUAAUCAGGCUACAAACGAAGAGAACGUUAAUGCCGUACAGGACUUUGUGAAGAGUUCGUUAGCGAAAGCAGCUGGGUUAGAUUGGUUAUUCGGAGAUAAUAACAAGAAGGAAGAGGAUAAAUCGAAGAAAUGGAAGAGUAGGUAG